AUGAAGGUAUUUGAGUUUUUCCUUCUGGUAGAAGUUACAGGUUUCUUUCCAGUUUUUUCCAGUCCUUCCUCUCUGGUCAAUUGCCACUGGAAUCCUUAUGGCCCUUGGUCUGAAUGUGAUGGCUGCACUAAAACUCAGAUUCGCAGACGGACAAUAGCAGUUUAUGGCCAGUAUGGGGGAAAUCCAUGUGUUGGGAGUGCCUUUGAAACACGACAAUGUGUUCCUACGAGAGGAUGCCCAACAGAGGAGGGCUGUGGUGAUAGGUUCAGGUGCUUUUCAGGUCAAUGCAUUAGCAAAUCUCUGGUGUGCAAUGGAGACCAGGAUUGUGAGGAAGACGGUGCUGAUGAGGAUCGGUGUGAAGAGAGCAGACCAGCUUGUGACAUUAAUAAAAUGCCUCCUAAUUCAGAACUUACAGGAGCUGGCUUUGAUGCCAUUUCUGGUGAGACUAGGGGGAGAGUGAUUCAUACUAAAAGUUUUGGUGGACAGUGCAGAAAGGUGUUUAGUGGUGAUCAGAGAGAAUACUACCGACUGAGUGAAAGCCUUCUUGCCUACACAUUCCAAGUGAAAAUUCAGAAUGAUUUUAGCUAUGAGUUUUACAACAGUAGCUGGUCUUAUAUGAAACACACAGUGCACAAUGUACGAUCAAACAGUGGCCAUUACUAUUCACAAAAUACACAGGAGAAAAGCAGCAAAAAGAGUAACCACUUCAUGGUUGUUGAGAAUGAUGUGGAAGUUGCUCAAUUCAUUAAUAACAACCCAGAAUUUCUAACUCUUACGGAGCCAUUCUGGAAAGAGCUUGCCAACCUUCCUGCUGUCUAUGAAUAUAGUGCAUACCGAAGAUUAAUUGAACAUUUUGGUACUCACUUCCUGCACUCUGGAUCUCUGGGAGGACAUUACAAAGUUCUCUUUUAUAUGGAUACUGAAAAAAUCAAAGCAGAAGGUUUGAGUAUUACAGACAUGUACAAAUGUACAUCAUCAGGUUGGAACUUACUCAUCGUAAAAAAGAAAAAGACUACCUGCUCAAAACUGGAUGAGCUGUUAAAAUCCUCUUCAGGAGUCAGUCAGAAUCAGAUUAGAGGUGAUCCCUAUGUAGAGGGAGGAAAUCCAGCGGCUGUUGCUGGCCUUGCUUAUCUAGAUUUGAAUAAUCCUGCUGGAAAUAGUGAAAGAUAUUCCUUCUGGGCUCGAUCAGUGAAAUACUAUCCCAGACUAAUUAAACAAAAGCUAACACCAUUGUACGAGCUGGUAAAGGAAGUGUCCUGUGCCUCAGUUAAAAGGCAUUACCUGAAACUAGCCAUUGAAGAGUAUCUGAGUGAGAAUGAUCCCUGCAAAUGUCGGCCAUGUCAAAAUGGUGGCGAACCUGCCAUAGUAGGAACUCAGUGCCUCUGUUUCUGCAAACCUUAUACGUUUGGAGCAGCUUGUGAACUCGGAACUCUUGUACAAGAUCAACCAGGAGUCAUUGAUGGAAGGUGGAGUUGCUGGUCCUCUUGGAGUCCUUGCUCAGGAGAAAGGAAGUCAAGGAGUCGAACCUGCAAUAAUCCACCACCUAGUGGUGGUGGGAUAUCCUGCAUUGGAGAACAGUCUGAAAGCAGACAGUGUGAGGAUGAGGAGUUGCAACAUUUUCGUUUGAUUGAACCACACUGCUUUGAUGUGUCCAUAAUCCCCACAGAAUUCUGCUCACCUCCCCCACUCUUACAAAAUGGAUUUGUUCAAAAUGCCGAUUCCUCAUAUCCUGUCGGGAAAAGUGUUGUUUACGCCUGCAGAGAUGGUUAUUCUCUUGUUGGUGAUCCUGUUGCUAAAUGUGGGGAAGGUUUAAAGUGGCUCAUUGGGGAUAUGCAAUGCAAGAAAACAGCUUGUGUCUUACCUGUCCUGGUGGAGGAUAUGAGAGGAGCGCCAUGGAAACCUUCAUAUGAGAUUGGAGAGAAGGUGACUCUGUCCUGUCCAGAUGGCAUGCACUUGGAAGGGUCAUCUCUCAUUCUGUGUGAACCCAGCCUCAAGUGGUCUCCUGAUAUGAAGGAUAUCCGGUGCAAGAGAAGAGUACCCAGCGUGAAACCAGAACUGACAGAACCUAAAUGUCAGCCAUGGGAGAAAGUGCAACAGUCAAAAUGUGUAUGUAAAAUGCCCUAUGAGUGUGGACCGUCCCUGGAUGUCUGUGCCACCGAUGAGAGAAGCAAGAGAAACACAGCCUUAACUGUGUGUAAGAUGUACGCUCUUGAGUGUAUGGGCAGAAAAUACUCUUUGACCAGUGAGGAAAACUGCAAAAUGCCUGCUGCUGCUGCAAAACCUUGUGGCUCAUGUCAUUUGUGGCAAACAUGUAAUGCUCAAACCAACACGUGUGUGUGCCGAGAAGCUGGGCAAUGCGACGAGGGAGGAAUAAGCAUUUGCGUUGAAGUGAAUGGGAAAGUCGCCAGUAGGACAAUGACUGAAUGCGAGGCUGGUCUCCUCAAAUGCCGGGGGGAGAAUGUCACCCCUGUCAGCAUAAGACCCUGUGAUGUACAGAGUAAAUAA